AUGUGUGAUUCCUAAUGGGGAUAGUUAAAUGGGCAAUUUAUAAUAGUAGUAAGAAAUCAAUAACACGUAGAAGCCUUAAUGAAAAGUGAAUCAUAGUUACUUACAAGUCUAGUUAAAAAUGUACAAUAUUGUAUAUUUUCAAAUUUAGCAUAUUCCUGUUGUAUUUAAAGAUGAUGUACAUAUGUUUUAGUAGCCAAUUGAAUUAAUAUUGGAUUACUUCAAUUAACCAAUAGAAAUUAUUGAAACUAAUAUUCUAAGCUUUUAGACAUUAAUCUAAAAAUGUGUUUAUUAAAGACCUAUUCCAAAAUUAAGGGAGUUAAAAAAAAAUAGAAAAACAAGUUCAACUGAGAGAGUAAAGAAACCUAAUGGAUAUGAUAGAAUAUAUGAUAUAUUAAAUAUUGAAAGGAAAUAAGAAUAGAUUAAGAGAGAUGAUAUUUAUAUAUUUAAGGAUUUAUCUAAAUCUGUUGAUCCUUAAAUAAUUAAGGGAUUCAAUAAUGAUUAUGAUUUUGGAGUGUUAAUUGUGAUAUAUGAAAAAUUGGGAUUUAGUCAUAUUGAUCUUUUAAAUGAAGUUGUUAAAUUCUAUGUUUAAGAGAAGAAUUAAAAAAUAUUAUCAUAUUUAAAUUUAUGGUUGGAUUAUCGAUAAGUAGAUUUGAUUAAUGAUAAUAGUGUAUUUUGCACAAUAUUUUUGUAAUUUUUAAAUUUAGUUGAAUUGAUUGAUAAUGCUAAAUAGAAUGAAUUAGAAUAGAAAAUAAAAGUUAUUUUAAAUGGAAAAAAGAAUAUACUUACAACAACAUUGAAUUCACCAUCUCCAACUCUUUUAUAAAGAAAAUAAAGUCUUGAUCAUCCAUAAAAGAAUAAGAAAUUUAGAAAUUUAUCAAUGCAAAUAUUGAAUUAAUCAAUAAUUUAGAAUCUAUCUACUUAAUUUGAUGGCAAUUGUUUCUACCUAAAUUGUAAUGUUGAAAUUCUAUAAAAAUAAUUUUGGAUUAUUGAUAUUGAACAAUUUUCUAAGAUAAGUAUAACAGCUAUGCUUAACUAAAACCAUUUAAUCAAGUAUUGUCAGUAAUAAUUUACAGGAAUGAUGAAAUUAGCGAUUAUUUUGAUUAUCUUUUAUUCCAUAUGA